AGACACCUGUCUGUCUCACGACACCUCGGUUUACCGCUAUCCUCAACGCUCAACCAAUGUUUUACAUUAGCAGAGCAGAGCAGAGCUAGCCGGAACGAUUGUAAUGUUCUUUCGACAUGGCAAUGACUCCGACCAGCGUUCGCCUUAGGGGCCUCUCCAAUGCCACAUUCCUUCGUCCUAUGGCACCAAACCAUCUCGUCUCUUCCUUGGCAUCCAAAGGAAAGAAGCAUUGCCGCAUAAUAUGCGCAUCGGUUCCUCCAGAUAGGCGAGAUAGCAGGCGCUCCGUCUCCAUCGCCCUCUUUCUCUCACAGUGGCUCUCUAUCCCUAAACAUGCUAGCGCGGGAAGCAUUUUGGAUAAGUACGUGAAGAGGAAAAAGCUUGAUCCACUAGAGGCAUAUGUACCCCCUGUUAUUUUGACUCAAUUGCAGAUCAAGGAUUUAGAGAAGGCUUUGGAAUCCAACAAACCAGAAUAUGCUACCUGCAGAUCCCUGUUGCGUUCUGGUCCUGUGGCAUCUCUACGUGUAAAUAUUCGAGCGGUAGCACAGUAUGCAUCAGAUGGCGGCAAUGGUAAAGCAGCUUAUGAUGAUGUUGAUCAAUGCCUCAGAGCCUUGGAAGAACUGGAUUCUUUGCUUCUACGUGCAACAAGAAAUGAUCCAGGUGCCUCAGUUGAAGCAAUGAAAGUAAAAAUCAGUAUAGCUCUGGGUGCAAUGGACAGUCUCCUUCAAACUGUACCUCCUGCUGUGCUAGAUAAAGGGAAGGCGAUUGCAGAUGCUUAUAAGAUGCCAGUGAAAGAUCUGGAGCCUGAAAGCUUAGACCCAGAAAUGAAGCAGUUAGAAUCAAUAUUAUGAGCCACGUUUUGAGUUUCUUUCCCCCACCACUGUUGAUUGAAAUUGUACUUAAUUGUCAAAUGAAAAUCUGCAUAUUAAUAUUUAAUAAUUAUUAAAGGAUGUCACGGGUUUCUAAAUUUA